AUGGCGUCCACAGCUGGAACUCCUUCUACAGCUGACGCUUCUGCGCUGCCCCGCAACGAUGGGCAGCGAGGCCCAAGAGGAAGAGGAAGGGGUCGCGGUCGAGGAGGGGCUCUGGGAGAUUCCGGUAGCGAUUCUAGACGUUCGGAAAACCGUGGAGGGAGACGAGGGGGUCGUGGUGGGAAUAGGGGACAUACGGCUAGCCACGAGACUGCCAAUACAAAUACCAAUACUAUGAACUCUACAGAUCCCAACGCCAAAUUCUCCACCCAGAAGAAAUUGUCCAGAGCAGAUGGCGAAAACAAGGACGCAAAUGGGGAACCGGUUGAAGUAGAGGUAUGCUUCAUUUGCGCCUCGGACGUCGAACAUAAUGCUGUCGCCCCAUGUAACCAUCGCACAUGCCAUAUUUGUGCUUUAAGGAUGAGAGCACUAUACAAGUCGAAAGACUGCGGCUAUUGCAGAGCACCCUCGCCAUUUGUUAUAUUCACAGACAAUGCGACCAAAAAUUAUGAAGACUUCUCCGAUGAAGAUAUUUCGAAUACAGACCCAAACAUUGGUAUUCGAUAUGAAAGUAACGAAAUUCAGGAGGAUACCCUACUACUUCUACGGUAUAAUUGUCCUGAUCCCGAUUGUAUUAUUGCAUGUAGAGGCUGGCCAGAUUUGCAUCGUCAUGUUAGAUCUAUACAUCAGAAGAAAAUGUGUGAUCUGUGUACGAGACAUAAAAAAGUGUUCACCCACGAACACGAAUUAUUCGCAGACAAAGAACUCGAAAAACAUAUGAGGAAAGGAGAUGAUAACCCUGGAGCACUCGAUCAAACUGGAUUCAAAGGGCAUCCUCUAUGUUCGUUCUGUGGUCAACGAUUCUAUGGUGAUGACGAGCUAUUUUUGCAUUGCCGAGACAAACAUGAAAGAUGCCAUGUCUGUGAUCGACAGAGUAAUAACGGCCAACCACAUUAUUACAUUGAUUACAAUUCCCUAUCUCAGCAUCUACGAAAGGACCAUUUUCCUUGCAACGAACCGGAAUGCUUGGAGCAGAAGUUUGUAUUCUUUGCAACGGAGAUGGAUCUAAAAGCACAUCAAUUAGAAGUGCAUGGAAGUAGUUUAUCUAAAGAUGUUCGCAGAGAUGCAAGGACGGUUGAUAUUUCUACCUUUGAAUAUCGCCAACCAUAUGCGCAAGAGCGCAACCGCGGCGGAAAUCAACGAGAGCAACGAGAAGGCCGUGGCAGAGGCAGGGGCAGAGAUCCAAAUGCUGAACCAUUGGCACCUUCCAGUGCACAACCCUUACGUCGGGAAGAACAGGCUUUCCAGCGUCAAAUGGCUGUGCAAGGCGCUCAAGCUGGUUCAUCGAGAGCUUUCGGCGGUCAAUUAACGGCGCCUACCCCUGCUCAAGCUAGUGCCAGAGUCAACCCGGCAGAAUCCUCACGGGCUGCUUCCGCUCGGCCUGCAGCUAAUGCCGGGGGUCUUUCCGAAGCAGUCAGGGGGCUGGAUAUAUCUGCACCACAAUUAACAGCCGAAGAACAACGCAAGCAACUUCAACAUCAAGAUGUCAUUGAUAGAGCGACCCGACUUUUACAAAAUGACCAAACCAAGCUAAAUCAAUUCCGCAACUCCAUAUCUUCGUACAAGAAUGCUGGGAUUACUGCUUCUGCUCUCAUCGAUGCAUUUUUUGCUCUAUUUUCGGACACUACUCCGGCUGCACUCGGCUCGCUUAUCCGUGAAGUGGCCGCUCUUUUUGAAGACCAGAGUAAGGGGAAGGCAAUAGUCACCGCUUGGAACGAUUGGCGUGCAAUAAAUGAAGAUUACCCGUCUCUUCCAGCUCCUACUUCCAGUAACGGUAAUUCCAUACCUUUAGGGUGGGCAUCCGCAAAUUCCAACUCUUCAUCUGGCCCACGAUCCAAUCGUGUGCUGAAAUUGAAAAAGUCUACAGCACAAUCCUCCCGCUCAACCGUCUCACAGAAUCGGUCCUGGGGCACUGCUUCAACAUCUGCUUCCACCUCAUCACCUGCCCCAUCCUCUUCAAAUCAGUAUAAUAACCCCUUCCCAACUCUCCCUACAUCCCGUCCAAAUCAGACCGACUCCCGUAUAACAACUACACCUUGGGUUGCACCGACUCCUGCAACCUCCUCUUCUUCCGCGCCCCCAUCUGUACCUUCUAGUCGAGCACCUUCACGUGCGCAAGUGAGGAACGGAAAGGACACAAGUGCCUUCCCAGCGUUGCCUCCGGCUGCCAAACCGCAAAGUACUAUAUUUGGGUACGGCACAGGAAUGGUAAGGAGGGAUAUGGGAGGUAGUCCGGUUGCAACUGCAUGGGGAGCAGGAAAUGGUGAAGGAAGUUCAGGGACUGGAGAUGCGGAGAGUGCGGAUGCUGGGCAGGGAGGAAGGAAAAGGGGAAACAAGGGGAAAAAGCAAGUUUUGAUGAAUUGGGGUUAA